GAAAGCUGUCCAAACUUCAUGCUUGAUUUCCUGGCAGGUCGACAAGAGGGACAUAAAACACCUGCUCCAGUCGCGCUCAUCUUCACUUUAGCUGAAGGCUGUUCCUCUGUCUGUUGCUGUGCUGUGACAGGGCCAUGCUGUACACAGAGCUGAUUCGGCUGUGGGACGAGGCCGUGAGGGCGGUGGAUAACCAGGACUGGCAGGAUGCUCUGGCAAAACUCAACCAGAUCUCUGACCCCACCUCUCGCACACUGUUCGUCACCUCCUCUGUCCACCUCACCCUGGGCCAGCUUGACCUGGCCAUCAAGACUCUAGAUCGUGUUAUUGCAAAGGAUGAGAGAUUGGCUGUUGGCUUCUUCCAAAGGGCUGCUGUGCAGAUAACGGCAAACAGGCUGGAGGAGGCUCUGGGUGACUGUAUCUGGGCACAGAAGCACAUGAGAGAAAACACUGUCAUUGAUUACAAACAGCUAGGACUGCGCUAUAAACUCUACAGCUGGCAGGUUCUGUAUAAUGCAGCAGCAGUCCACUGUAGAAUGGGUCAGUGGGAGAAGGCUGGAGAGAUCCUGCUGGCCGCUUCACAGGAGAGAGGAGGGAGGGGGGUCCAGGUGGACCUGGCAAUGGACAGUAUAGCAAGGAGGGAGGUGAUUGCUCCUCUUUUCGUCCCAGAGGGAGUAGUGUUUCGCCCCAGGAAACAGGAUGUGGAGGAGCUUCGGCCGAGAGACUUUCUGGGAAAACCGGAGGUCAUUAUUUCUGAUAUCCCACAUGAUGACUUCGGAGGCUUUGAACCCCUCAGGCCGCAGAAGCCUGGAUACUAUGAGCCAAAGGUAGAGGAAGGCCGGGAUUCACGUUACAUGUGUGUGAAGAAUGCAUACAUGGCCAAAAGUCCAGGUGAACUGACUGUUCCUGCUGGAGCACACGUCUUUGUCUUCAGCCAAGAUGACAGGAACGGUCUGGCCACAGUCAUAUACGACGGUCAGAGAGGUCUGCUUCCAAACUUCCUGCUUGAACCGGUGACAAAAAAGACUAAAGGCAAAAAGAAAAAAUACAGUGUGCCCAGUGGGAUCCCUCUGCCGCCCAGCCUGAAGCCGCCCACUCGCCCGGAGGCUGCUGUUUCUCCUCCCCCAGAGUUACCCUCCUCUUACGCCAAUGUCACCCGCACCAGCUCUCCUUCACAGGACAUCAUCACAACCCAAAGCCCUCCACGGCAGACUGAGGGAGCAGACUCAGUCAUAGUUAAAGUGCACUACAGAUACACCGUGGCUCUGAGUGUCCCAAUAGACAUAGAGUAUCGGGAGCUGCAAGAGAGAGUUGCUCAGAAAUUAGGACAGCCUGCUGCACUCAUUCGCCUUAGACAGAAGCAGCACGGUUCCUCACUCCUGAAGCCUCUGGAGGGCGAAGGAGGUCUGCGUGACCUGGCUGAAGUGGCAGAGUCGGGCCGGGCCACACUAUGGUGUCAGGCUGAGGAUCCUCUGGCCAACAGGACAAUCCUAUACCAGAUGGUGGCACUGUAUGACUAUUCCGCACAGGGGCCUGAGGACCUGGAGUUUAGUGAAGGGGACACCAUUGACAUCCUCAGUGAAGUGAAUGAGGAAUGGCUAGAGGGACACACUGCUGGAAACAUCGGCAUUUUCCCCAGAUGUUUCACCUACAGAGACUCAGAGAAAGUCGCAGUCAAUAAAGCAACAUCACCAUAAAAGCUCAAAUGCCUAAAUGUGUAAAUAGAUUAUUUACACAUUAUACACAAAUAGACAGUAUUUUCAAUCCACGAUUUUGUAUAUGUAUUGCAAGUUAGUAGAUUAAACAAUACAUUAAGACUUUUUAUUAUCAUAUUGAUUAUAUGCAAACACAGCUAUUUGCAUAUUACUUUCAGUAUCAUUAUCAGAUAUUAUUUUCUGUAAGAGCUCAUGAUCAAAAUUUCCGAGAAUGCUACAAAAGAUUUGUGUUCAUUUACACUGGUGACCAAUCGAUUAUAUAGUUAAACCUGCUCAGUGGAGCAAUCCUGUCAGUCAAAAUGCACAUACAAAAUAUUCUGUCCUAACAUGAAAGCUGAUUGUCAGUCUGUCUGAAUGAAUGACGGGUGAUGUUAGAGCUUUGAGUGCUGAGUCGCGCUGGAGGCUCUCUGUUGUCGGACUAAAAUAAAUGGUAGGUUCAAGUGAAGGUUGUACAGAUCCUGUAAUAUUUUACCCCAGUGUGUGAAACACCCACAUGGUAUUCAAGGGGUCCCAUGUUGGCUGGCCACUCCAGCACUGGUGGUGCUGAUGCUAGCUUCACUGGCAGCAAAAUAUUUACCAAUUCUUUUUCUGGAAAUGCUCUUGUGUAAUGGUAAUGCAGUUUCCCACAUAUUAACAGAGAUCUUAUACGUCUCCUCAUUUGUCUUCAGUUUGAGAAUUGAAAAUUCAGACUUUCCACCAAUGUCCUGGGAAGUUGGGCGAGUUUUAGGAUUUGCAAAUGUGUGGCUGCAUAUUGUAAAGUUUUUCAAAGGUAUCUGGGUAUAGUUACAAUUGCUAGGCUAUAAAGGACUGUCUGGGUGAGCCAGUUUGCUACAGCGCCACCCAGAGGCAGACCAGUGCUGCAUCUUUAGUUAACAAUACCAAAGACAGAAUCUUGCCGAUUCGUGGGUGAAGCAGGCUAAAUGAGAAUUUAGAUUUUGUGACAUUUUGAAACAUUCAGAGGUUUCAAGAGGUUAAUUGGGAGUCCUGAAGCCCCCAGGACCCCCUGUAUUUCGCGCCUUGUUUUACCCUCAAAUAUUUGCCAGUUGUUAGGUAGCGUGAUUAACUCCUUUCAUAUUUCUUUUCAUCUCUUCUCUCUUGCCUUUUUUUCUUUCGCUCAUUGAACUGUCCUCCAGAGGUGUUCAUUUGUGCUGAAUGUUUAAUUACAAACUUUUCUUUGCAACAGUUUCACUGUGAUCGAUGUUUCAGCUCUACCUUUUGCUUAAUCAGAUUUGAGGCUACUUUCUGGAAGCGUUCUUAGCUAGAAACUAAUGGCAUUUGGGGAAUUUAAGUCUUCUGAAGUGAAAUAUGUAUAAUGGCAGUAAGCUGGCUGGAUUGUGUGUGAGUUAAAACUAAGUUGAUCAGAGCCCUUGGCUGCUGUUCGUAGAGUAAGCUGAUUUAGCCCUAUAUUAAUGGCUUGGAGGUGGAAUAUGUGGUUCUUUAGAAUUAUAAAAACCCACAGUUUACAAAGUCCAAAGAGGUUAAAGAAGUUUAGUUCAACAUGCUGCCAGUUCUGGUUUUUAUCAUUGCCACCUCCUCGCUCGUAGCUCCUGACUGAACAGCACGGGUGAUCUAUCAUGUGCAAUUUACUGAACAGCACCUUUUACAAUAAAUGAUGAUUGAUCACAGCUCAGCCAUGCAGAACAAUCAGUCUCCCCUAGCAUUUUCACAACUUUCACCCUUUCUUAAAGAUAACAGUCCCAAAAGGGGUUCCUUUGUUCUAGAACAGGGAUGCCCAAACUUUCUGUCCUGGAGGACCAAAGUGUAAUGUUUGUGGUGGAGUGAGGGGCAAAUAGACAAAACAGUUUGGUGCUCACUGGCCUUAUAUUUCUAUAUGUCAUCUAUAUUUAUAUAUGUAUAAAUUAGGAGCAUGUGUGCUUUCAUUAUGUUAAUGAAUGUUGUAUUUUUUUCCAAAUACUGUGACUGUUUUCUUGUAUAUGAAGCUGUUUUAUCUUUAAAUAUUCAUAAAAAAAUUCUUCUCCCCAGUGGUCCCUUAAUCUGCUCAUCUUUGUGCACC